AUGGGUGAUCCAGAGGAGUUGUGUUUGACCUUAACAUUAGAUUUAGUGCCAUUUUUCAACAUUUUUAGAGAAGAUAUGGAAGAAAACAUCAACAGUCUAGCAAAAGAUUUGGAACAAUGUUGCGUUGGGAAUCCCGAUGUUGAAGUCAUUCACACAGGAAGCGCUUUUGAAGGUCUUUCUCUUCCUCAUCUUGAUAGACUAACCGCAUGGAAUACUGAUGCAGACCAUAUGAUUAUCAGAACUGAUUUAAAACUACUGGAAGGAGUGAAAUUACAAGAGAGAACCACCCAGAAAAGUGAUGAAGAAUUGCAAGACUUUCCUGGAAGCGAGCCCGGAAGUGCGGAACGAGCGAUUAGUUCGACGAAUGAAGAGAAAGCCAAAAAUAUUGUUUACAUCUUCAAUGCUUCACACGCUGGCUAUGCACACUUGACGAAGAAACAAUUCUCCCAGCCAGCCGACGCAGAUUUGGUUCCAGAGCACUGCCUCCAGAACUUAAAAUUCAUCGAAGAUAGUAAGGAUUUAAUUCCACUCAACCGAGGUGCUUUUAUGACCGCUGGAGAAGGUUCAAUUACGGGUCCUUCGUUCUCUCUUCCUUACACGAUGGGAACAUUCACGGUUAAUCGUGAUUUCGUUUAUGGUCUAAAAUGUUCAUUCUGGCCUUCACAAGGAGAAGAAUGGGUACAUCGUAAACGAGAACAUUUCUGGCCCAGCACCGCAAUGGUUUCUACAAUAUUAGCCCAAGGUUGUCACAUCGUACCCGUUGGGUCACACAGCAGUGUUUUGAGAGAUUUUGAGUGGAGAUUUUCGUUUUCUAUAGCUGAGUUAAUGCUUGCCCGAUCGUUGUCAGAGAAACAAAAGCUGGCUUAUUCAGUUUUAAAGGCGUUAAUCAAGAAUGAAAUGAAGCUACGUGGGCUGGACGUGUUCUCUUCGUACCAUCUCAAAACAAGUUUAUUUUGGUUUCUCGAGGAGAAAGGAACUGAGUCCUGGGGCAAGGACAGCUUAGCCAAAAAUAUUUUCAAUCUCCUGGACUUUAUCAUCGCAUUCUAUGCCAGAGAUUGUCUUCCAAAUUACUUUAUCUCGAAGAAUAACAUGAUAGAUCAUCGAUCUUCCAAAGAAGUUACGGCUACAUGUCACGCUCUAAGAGACAUACGUGACAAUGUAACGCAAUACCUUUGCCGAUACAUUGAAACCAAUCAAUCGCUUCCCGUUUUGUUUGAUACCCAACUUACCCUUCUGGCUCAAAGAGUCACGGAUAAUUUUGGAAAAAUUCUUCAAAAUAGUAAAUAUAAUUUCCUUGUGAUGGCUUUAGCUUAUGUUCUGAAGAAACAAGGAAGGCUAGAUGUAAGCCACAACUGCCCAGAAGCUAAUUCUCUUGUUAACAAGGCUCAGCUUCUACAUCAAGCUUUGAUCAGUAAAGAGUCUCGUGAUAAGCUGCAUUUGACUCUAGCUGAAGCUUCAGUUAUUCCACAGACGGGAGAAAGUCCAACACCGAGUUUAAUUCUUUCACUACUAGAAGAGUAUUUAUCUGCAGAUCAGUUAAAAGUUACUGAGAGUAGUGCUGUAGCUCUUGCAGUGUUCAAUGUAUUUUUGACUCUUCAUCCCAGGAACACAAUUGGUGACAAUGUUGUAGAAAUGAAUUCCUUAGAGCAUCAGAACUACCUCACCAACCCUUGCUUCAAGGAGUGUCUGUUCUGGGCUGGACGACUGCAUGAGACUUACAGCGAUGCAAUUUACGAUUUCGUGGUAAAGGAAUGGAAAAAUGGACCAAAGUUCUACACUGAUGACGAUGAGGCAAAGAAAUUCAUGAAGCUUUUGAUAAUAAUUUUGGGGAAACCGACCAAACAGGCCAGUGCUGUGACAGGAUCUUUAGUCAAGCGGGGGAUUGAAGGUCAGAGAUUUCUGAUGAUUCGAGUCCUAGCUGAUUAUUUGCUGCAUGUACAUUUGGAGUGCUCUUACAUUGCCUACCAAGCCGCUGCGUACCUUAUGGGUCGUAGCGUGCUGUCAGAAAUCUACAAUGUGAUUAAAUGGUCCGUAUGUUCACAGAGCAAAGCUCGCGCUAUUGAACUCGUACUAGAAAACACGAGUUACAAGCAGAACUUUCAGAAGAAGAAUUUGGAAAACUGGUUGAAGUGCACCUGA